AUGCAAGAUUCUUUUGGUGGUUUCAUUAGUGAGGACAUUGUGGGUGCAAAUGGCAAGAAAACUCUUGAGGAAUGGCAGCUCGAACAGGCCCAGAAGGUAGUUCAUGAGCCAGCUCCACCAAUAGAUCCGAGUUCUGCUCCGAAGUGCUUUGAGUGCGGUUCGGUAGAGAUUGACCGUAAGGUUUUUGACGUAUUUGGAACACGAGUUUGCAAACGGUGCAAGGAGUUAAAGCCUGAAAAAUAUUCGCUUCUCACGAAGACCGAAUGUCGCGAAGACUAUUUUCUGACAGACCCCGAAUUGAAAGACGAGUCACUUCUCAAGAGAAUCGAGAAGGCAAAUCCAUAUUCAGGAACGUACUCGAGAAUGUUGCUGUUUAUGAGAUAUCAGGUGGAAGAGUUUGCGUUCAAGAAGUGGGGAGGAGAAGAGGGCCUCGACGCUGAAUGGGAGAGGCGUGAGAAGCUCAGGAUCAAGCGCAGAGACACAAAGUUUGAGAAAAAUCUCAGAGAGAUCAGAAGGAAGACGAGAGCUGAGCAGAUCACCAGACGGCACAGAGAAAGGAACGGUGGUCUACGACAUGAGCAUGAAUGGUCCCAGCCACUAGAGAGUGGAACCGAGGGAAUGAUCAAACGAAGGUGUACAGACUGCGGCAUGGAGACCGAGGAGUUUCUGUUAUGA